UUGAGCAGACUAUCUCUACAACUCACUCCUUGGCUAGGACUGGAAGAUAUGGAGUUUUCAGACUUGAUGGACAAUCUGCCAUCCCUGCAAUUUGAACAUGGGCUUCAGGAGGAAGAAAUCCCGUGGCUGUUUCUUCAGAGCCGUUCCCGAGGAUUGAUGAUCCAAGCCUGUGCCCACGCAGCUUUCUUCUGCAGACUACUCUGGGUCUUGAGGAAAAUGGAAGACAGCACCUUAGUUUCUAUGCUCCCUUUAGAAGAGGAGGAAGAAGAUUCUUAUAAAAAACCUUCCGAAAAAGAACUGAGAGUGGGCAUUAUUGGAGGUGGACGACUGGGAAGGCAACUGGUUUUAGUGUUACUCCACCGGGCUUUUAUCCCUCCUCAGAAUCUUCAUAUCUCCACUCGGAGGCCAGAGAUCCUGAAUGACUUCCAGAAGAUGGGGAUACAAUGCUUUUAUCAUAACCGUUUUCUGGCAGAGUGGGCCAAUCUGAUCUUCCUCUGCUGUUUGCCAUCCCAGCUACCUCACAUUUGCAUGGAAAUCAACCCAAGGCUUGACAAAUCUUGCAUUGUAUAUAGCCUGGUCACUGCUGUCCCUCUGCUUAGGCUGAAGCAGCUGCUGUGCCACACCUCCAUUUUACGCCCCCAGUAUCAGUGUGCUGAAAACUAUGUUGAUAUUUGGGGGUCUAAUGAGGACAUCCCGUCUGCACUUCAAGAUCCUGACAUAGUUCAUGCCUCUUCUCCUUACAGCCCUGACGGAGGAGUAACUGUCAACAUCAAGUGGCUGGAGGCAGUUUUCUACGCAGCUCUCAAUACCUGCACAUUAAAGAAAAUACCCUACCAACAAGUGCUAGAGAUACUCACUAACUUGUGUCUCUCUAUUCAUCCACAAACUUGUGGGGAAGAUAAGUCUAAUUGCCCUAGGUUCAUUGUUACAGAUUUUGUCAAUCAAGCCUUUGCCAAGACCCUAAAUCCAAGCAAUGUUUUCCCUUGGUUUGAUUUGAUCACUGUGCAACUCAAAGAAACUCCCUUUAGCCAGCACCUAGGAAAAACUGUGACUCUCCAGGAACACUUAACAGUUCUCUACUGUGCUUCAUUUGGCGUAUCACUUUCCCAAGAAAUAGAAGAGGAGGAAGAAAGAGAAGAAGAAGAGAAGGCUCCAGGUCCAUAGCCCUGAAAGACAACUUUUUCAGCUGCUAGGGGAAUCUUCAGACUUAUCAGUAUGAUUCCCUCCUCCCCAGAUCAGCCCACUUAAUGAUGGGCCUUCACUUUUACUGCUGGCAGUAGUAGCUGUUUUAUUUAGCAGUAACUGUUGGUAGAUCUACAUAAAUAUAAAAGUUUUGCUUAAUUUGAUGAUAAAUACACCAAGCUAAGAGAGUGGAAACAUAUCAUAGUAUUGUGUUUACUACAAACUGAGCACCGAAGAAAAGGAAAAAUUAUGCUGUCAGCUCUUAAAACUAUAGUUAAAAAAACAUAUUACAUUAAAGGUGAAUUUGGCUUUUAGAGAUCACCAAUAUAACCUAAACAUUGACUCACUUAAGAACAGUCUUUUGAUACUGCUUCUUGUUCAAAAGUCUAAAUUUACAGUUCUAAUGUAAUAUCAUUACAUUCUGCAACUUCUUUCGUAGAGGAACAUAUUCUGAAUAAGAAAAAUGGAUGAAUGACAAUAUUGUGAUAAAAUAGAUGGUGCAAAUUAGUUGACCAAGUUUUGAUUCUCUUCAUAUGUUUAUUUCAAUUAGAUAAGUUUUUUUGUGAAAAAUUGUUUCAAUGAGCCAUUCUUGUUAAAUAACUUAUAUUUAUUUUAAAUGAAGUCAUCUUGCAAAAUAUAAAAUUAUUUUUUAAAUAAAUGCAAUGUCUAAAUACAUUUACUUUCUAAAUGUUUUAUAAUUCCUUUUUUCUCCAAUAAUAAAAUACAAACAGUAGUAUUAUGAUGUCAAGAUUGUCACAUAAGAUGAUGCUGUACGGUCUAGAGAACUCGGACUGAAAAUUAUUCAGAGUAAAUGUAAUUUUCCAUGGUAUUAGUUAAUCUUUUACAUUUUGGUUUUUGCAUGAUUGUGAGCCAGCUAAGCUCAAUGGUGUGAUAUUAGAGCAUUUUUAGCCUACAUUUUGGUUUUAGCAUGGAAGAAAAUUUUUUCAUCCAAAUGUGAUGUUUGGCUUGAAUUACAAUUUGAGAAAUGAAUUCUUCUCUAAUAAUUGGAGGAAAUAACAUGUCACAGACUCUUCUGAUUUAGUAUAGACCAGAAAAGUUUUAAGAUUUUAAAAGUAAAAUUAAGAACAGCAAAAGCUUUUGAAGCUAUAUUGGUGUCCUAAUUCAGCUUUCAUAGGAAUAUUUGACUUAAAAUUUCUUUUUGGGAAGAGAUUAUGGAUGAGUGAGCCUUAACCUAAUUGCCAUUUAAGAAAUGCUUGAGUGACAUUACAAAGUAUAGUGUAUUAGGUGAACUCAAGGCCCAAAUCUAUAAUAAAUGACAAAUUCGACUCA